AUGCAAAGCAAGUUAUCCGCUCUUUCUACAGAUGAUAGCUCUUACAUUCAGGAUGUAAACUCUAGUUCAAAUAAAUAUCAGGUUACCAUAUUUGUUCGUGAAGUGUUGCGACGAGUAAUUCCAGAAGAGUUUUGGGGCUGUAAUGACAAUCAACAAAUAAUAUUUGAAGAUAUCUGGUUACGAAUUGAAAAAUACAAUAUGGAAUCUUUGCCAGCAAACACUUUUGAAGAAGUUCCUAAA